CCAGCUUCAGCUGUCAGGUCAGCAGGGGUGAGGCCGGAAGUAGAUGGGUGACUCACCUCAGGCUCCUCCAAGCCUCAGUUUCCCCAUGAUGCAACUUGAGGCCUCCUCAGUGAGUCAAGACUGAGCCCGCUCUGGCCCCCGGAGAAGCUGCUGGCUCUGGGGAGAGGAGACAGCAGCCAAGUGUGACAGAGCAUCCCCAUGGCCCUGGGUGUGCCUGCAAGUGCAUGGCCCAGGUCCUGACAGCCCACUCACUCCCUCCCUGGCAGGCACUGGGCUCCCUCUGCUCCCCGUGGGCUGCUCCCCGCGUGGGGCCACUGCCCCCGGCCCCCGCCAUGGUGCGGAUUUCAAAGCCCAAGACGUUUCAGGCCUACUUGGAUGAUUGUCACCGGAGGUAUAGCUGUGCCCACUGCCGCGCUCACCUGGCCAACCACGACGACCUCAUCUCCAAGUCUUUCCAGGGCAGUCAGGGGCGUGCCUACCUCUUCAACUCUGUGGUGAACGUGGGCUGCGGGCCAGCCGAGGAGCGGGUGCUGCUGACAGGCCUCCAUGCCGUCGCUGACAUCCACUGCGAGAACUGCAAGACGACUUUGGGCUGGAAAUAUGAACAGGCCUUCGAGAGCAGCCAGAAGUAUAAAGAGGGGAAGUACAUCAUUGAACUCAACCACAUGAUCAAAGACAACGGCUGGGACUGACCCCUGCUCCUGCCGCAUGUGGCUCGAGCCCGGCCUGGCCGCCAGGGGGCGCCACUGGCUUCCCUCCACGAGAAGGGAGCUCUGGACCCUCAGGGCCCCUGCAGAGGAAGGAUCCAGCUCCUGUACAUAUAUUUUAUUGCAUGCACUGUGACCUUGGGGGGCGAUCAGAAGGUGGAAGACACCCCCGCACCUCCCUGCGAUCUGGCUGGCUUGGAUCUCGUUUUUAACCCCUUCGUGCCCCGCCUGCCCUAUAGAUAUGGCCUAUGUGCUGCUCCCCCGGCCCCAGUGCACCGUCUGCCCUGUGAACUCCUCCCACCGGGCCCCUCUUACCCCACUCCUGUCUGCUCCCCUCGUUCUGUAGCGUUUGUACAUAAUAAAACAAUGGAGUGGAGACAG